UGAGAAUUUGUUUUAAAAUGAUUUGGAUUUAAGUUUAGCUUAAUUUGAAUGGAAGGUGUAUCAAACUUUCGGCGGUGGGGCCGAAGGGCGCAUCGCCAACAAUACACUGACAUUAUAUACUGGUGAGAUUGAAUUUCGCCAGUCAUGGAUACAACAGCAUGUUUAACGUGGUCAUCCUUAUGGCUGUUAAUAUGCUGUGCUUGUGCAGCAAUUGGCGAUUUUCCUACAAAUCCAAACAGUGGUCCCACUGUUGCCAUAUUCCCAAAACCUGGUGACAAAGAGAAAUAUCGUUUUACUCACAUGGUAAUCGAUGGACUCACAAAUCAAUUGUAUGCGGGAGGAACUAAUAAAUUGCUACAAUUGUCACCAGAUUUAGAAUUAAUCGAAUCAGUGUCAACAGGUCCACGCAACGAUAGUACGCUAUGUCAUGCGCGGGGCUGUAAUGAUCCUAAAAUUCCAAUCCAACUUGCCGAUAACAUAAAUAAAAUGUUAAUCCUAGAUCCUGAUUCUCGAAUGCUAAUUGUUUGUGGCUCACUGAAACAAGGUGCUUGCUACAAAUAUCAAGUAUUCAAUAUUUCCAUGCCACCAAAAUUUAUCCCAAUUGGUAUUGCGGCAAACGAUGAAAAUGCUUCAACAUAUGCCUACAUUGGACCCAAAAAAUAUAAUCCUUGGGGUCAUUCGAACGUUUUAUAUGUUGGUACAACGUUCACAAAUAAUGGAGAAUAUCGUCAUGAUGUUCCAGCGAUUGUUAGUCGAAAUUUGGAUAAUUUAGAAAUAGCCGAAUAUUCAUUUUCCAAACAAUCACAGUUAACGAUUGACGUGAAAUAUCGUGAUCAUUUCCUUGUCCAAUACGUUUAUGGAUUUAAUGCGAGCGAUUAUGCAUAUUUUGUGAUUGUCCAAAAACAAUCACAUUUACCUGGCCAAGAAGAACAAGGCUAUAUAUCACGAUUAGCGCGAAGUUGUAUUAUUGACGCAAAUUACGAUAGUUACACGGAAGUUACUUUACAAUGUAUCGCCCAAAAAGAUGGCCAAAUUAUAAAUUAUAAUUUGGUACAAGAUGCAAAAAUGACGAAAGCUGGCGAAGAACUUGCGAAACGUUUAAAUAUUCAACCCACGGAUUUUGUACUUGUGGCGGUAUUCCGUCAAGCGCGUGGUAUCACAAACGAACCCCAAGUACAAUCGGCGCUAUGUAUAUACAGUUUAAAGGAAAUUGAAGCGAAAUUUGAUGAAAAUAUUCACAAGUGCUUAAAUGGCAGUGUUAAAUAUAGAAAUAUGGGUUAUAUAUCAGGAUUAGUGGACGAAGGUAAAUGUCCAAAUUCUGGUAUGUCACAAACAACACAAAACUUCUGUGAUGUUGGUUUAAAAAUUAGUGGUAAUUCACCAAUCACGGGUGAAGCAGUGCUUACAUUUGAUAAUGUGUCAUUAUCAUCGGUUACAACCGCUACACCGGGUAGUCAUUUAAUGGCGGUUUUAGGUACAACAAAUGGACGAUUGAAAAAAGUUUUACUAUCAAAUUCCGAACCGUCCGAAUACGAGGAACUUAUUGUAGACGAUGGAAAUCCAAUUUUACCCGAUACACAAUUGUCACGUGGCCAAGAAGACUUUUUAUACGUACUAUCCUCCACAAAAAUCCAAAAACUUCGAGUUGAAACCUGUAGUGUGUACAAUAAUUGUUCCACAUGUUUGGAAUCCAAAGAUCCGUAUUGUGGAUGGUGUUCUUUGGAGAAACGUUGCACGAUUAAAAGUGCUUGUCAAAAAGCGGCGCAUAGUUCACCCAGAUGGUUAUCACUUGGAACCGGUCAACAAUGUAUAGAUUUCGAACAAGUUCAACCUGAUCGGAUUCCAAUUAAUCAAAUGACCACCGUUAAGCUGUUAAUUCGAACUCUACCAGAACUACCAUCGGGAGCGAAGUAUAAAUGUGUGUUUGGUACGGCUGAACCAAUUGAUGCAAUUGUUAUUCCAUCGGGAUUAUCGUGUUCGACGCCAGAAGUUCAUAAUCGUCCGUUAAUUACUGGAACAUUCGAUCAUAUUAUGGUACCGUUGUCAGUGCGAUCGUCGGAAACAAAUAAAGAUUUUGUUUCGAGAAAUUUUGCAUAUUAUGAUUGCAGUCGACACACAACUUGUAUGGAUUGUGUAAAAUCGCAAUGGGCUUGUAAUUGGUGUGUUUAUGAGAACAAGUGUACCCAUGAUAUGUCAACGUGCCAGAAGACUGUUAUUAGCGGCGAAAAUAAUCCAUCAUUCCAACCGAAUCAUGGUGUUGCGUACUGUCCACGAUUUCGGCAAGCUACAGGUGUUGAAGGCGAUGAUUCAACAUCGAAUGGCGUUGGUGCAGUUCUCUUACCAAAUCACGUGCCACAUGAAAUUAAAUUCGAAGUAGAAAAUUUACCACGUCCACAACCCGGCCACACCGGAUUCCAAUGUAUCGUUAAAAUCGAAGGAGCCAACAUGCUAGUACCCGCUCGCGUCGAACAAAAUCGUUUUAUAAUCUGUGAUAAAACAACAUAUUCGUAUAACGGUUUAACUGGUGAAUAUAAUGCAUCCGUCCGUGUCGUCUGGAAUCGAAGUCAUCACGUGGACGAGGCUGCUGUUACCCUCUACAAAUGUGAAAUACUUGGAUCACAUCGAGAACAUGCUGACUGCUCCUUAUGUGUGACACGACAUUCAAGAUAUCAUUGUACUUGGUGUGGAUCUUCAUGUGCGUAUGCACCAUCUUGUCAACAUGUCGCUCACGCUGAAUGUCCACGACCUCGAAUCGAUAUAAUCAAACCGUUAAGUGGUCCCGUAGAAGGGGGUACUCUAGUCACAAUUGAAGGCAGCAAUCUAGGAUUAAAGGAACGAGAUGUUAAAGAUAAAAUACGAAUUGGGGAUGUACCUUGCAAACUAGUGAAUUACGAGGUUUCCGUACGUAUUGUUUGCGUCACAGGUCCAUCGGCGGGUCGACGUGAAGUCACUGUUCCAAUAAUUGUUGGCAACGAAGCUGGUUACACGGAAUCGUCAGUAUUUUUUAGCUAUCAGGAUAUUAAAUUAAAAGGUGUUUUCCCAUCGUUUGGACCACAAAGUGGUGGGACUCAACUAGCGAUUACAGGUCAAUAUUUAAACAUUGGUAAUCAAAUCACAGCGUAUUUAGACGAUUUAAUAUGUCAAGUGAAUGUGACACAAGCGUCAAGUAGUCGAUUGACAUGUCAUACUUCACGUGCAAGUCGACCCAUGCAAAUACGAAAAUUAACAUUAAGUAUCGAUGGAGCAAAUCGUACACUUAUCGGAAAUCCGUAUAAUUAUACGGUGGAUCCAACAAUUAUGGAAAUUAAACCGUUAAAAAGUUUUAUAUCCGGUGGUCGAAUGAUAACGGUUCAUGGUACUAAUUUGGAUACGAUACAAAAACCAGCCAUGGAAAUUUAUUUGGAGAAUGAUCUAUCGACACCGAUUAAUCGAAGCUAUUGUACGGUUUUGAAUCCAAAUCAAAUGGAAUGUCCCAGUCCAUCGGUGAAUCAUCAUUUUUUCUUAUCAAAAAUUCAUUCGGGUCGAUCAUUGUUACAAAGGUCAUCUGUUAUCAAGAUGCGUGAAACUCAAUUAAAUUUACGAAUUGGUUUUAUUAUGGAUAAUGUUGAAUCCGUACGAGAUUUAGAAAAACAUUUUCCAAAUUUACGAUCACAAUUAUUAUAUGUUGAAAAUCCGAAAUUUUUUCAAUUUCCCGGUAAUGUUAAAUUGUAUAAAGGUGAUACUUUAGUCAUUGAGGGUGAAAACUUGAAUAGUGCUAGUGACGAAACUGAUGUAAACGUAACAAUUGGGUCUCGUCCAUGUAAUGUGACCUCUCUGGCGAUGACACAAUUAGUUUGUACACCUCCCCAACAACAACCCCCAAAUAUAAACGAUUAUGACGCACAGAACGAUUUAGGAUUACCUUUAGUGGUUGUUCAUGUGGGUCAAAAUCUACAAUUUCCGAUUGGUUAUUUAUUGUACGAUGUUGAACGAUAUUCAACGUAUGCUUUUCCAUCCGAAGCGAUAGCUGGUGUUGCAGCCGGAACUUUAAUGUUAGUCGGAUUAUUCGCUGUCGUCUUAAUCAUCUACUGUCGGAAAAGUACACAAGCUGAACGUGAAUACAAACGGAUUCAAAUCCAAAUGGAUACUUUAGAAAGUAACGUACGAUCUGAAUGCAAACAAGCAUUCGCAGAACUUCAAACAGACAUGACUGAUUUAACCGCUGAUUUAGAAAGUUCUGGUAUACCAACAUUCGAUCAUGUUACAUAUAUUAUGAAAGUAUUUUUUCCUGGUGUGAUUGAUCAUCCGAUUUUAAAUGCUCCAAAAGCGAGAAUGAAUGGACCUAGAAAUAAUUACGAUGCAGCUAUGUUACAAUUUGAGCAACUAAUCAAUACAAAAUGUUUUAUUCUAACAUUUAUUGAUACUUUAGAAUCUCAAAAAACUUUUAAUAUACGUGAUAAGGUAAAUGUGGCAUCUCUUUUGAUGGUUGUGUUAAUGGGUAAAAUGGAAUAUGCAACAGAUAUUCUAAAAAGUUUAUUAUUACGUUUAAUUGAUAAAUCAGUGGGCACAAAACAUCCACAAUUAAUGUUACGACGUACGGAAAGUGUUGUGGAGAAAAUGUUAACUAAUUGGAUGGCACUGUGUAUGUACAAUUAUUUAAAGGAGUACGCUGGCUCAUCCCUAUUUUUAUUAUUCAAAGCUAUCAAGCAUCAGGUGGAAAAAGGAUUGGUGGAUGCGAUCACGCAUGAUGCACGUUACUCGUUGUCCGAGGAACGUUUGUUGAAGGAGCAAAUCGAUCAUUCAGUUGUGACGUUACACAUUGUUCAAGAUGAUCUGGAUGAAAAAGUGCAAUGUAAAGUAUUAGAUUGCGAUACAAUUAGUCAAGUUAAAUCUAAAAUUCUAGAUGCAUUAUUCAAGAAUACACCGUUCUCAAUGCGUCCCUCCAUCCAUGAAGUUGAUUUAGUAUACUUUCCAGAAUGGCGGAAUGGACGUGGGGGACAUUUAACCUUACAAGAUGAGGACUUAACCACGAAAACUGUUAAUGGUUGGAAGAAAUUAAAUACGUUGGCACAUUAUGGUGUCAAAGAAGUUGCUGUUAUGUCCUUAAUUUCACGGCAGAAUGAAAGUUUUGCACCAAAUUGUAAACGACCUUGUCAUAACUGUACUGGAAUGUAUAUAAAUAAUUCACACUCACAAAUAAUCACUUCGAAUGGUGACAUCGAAACUGGUUUGAAUCAUAGAGUUUAUCAUUUAGUAAAACCGGUUGAAGAGCACCAUUAUCAAAGUUGCAGAUUUUUCGAUUCUAGAACUGUGGAACGAACUCAUAAAGCAAUACCAGAAAUAUUUUUAACACGAUUAUUAUCAACAAAGGGUACAAUACAAAAGUUUGUCGAUGAUUUUUUCAGUACAAUAUUAACGACAAAUGAAGUAUUGCCACCCGCGAUUAAGUGGCUUUUUGAUUUAUUCGAUGAAGCGGCAAGACAUCAUGAUAUUACUGAUCCAGAAGUUGUACAUGCUUGGAAAUCCAACAGUCUUCCGUUAAGAUUUUGGGUGAAUUUUAUAAAAAACCCAGAUUUUAUAUUUGAUAUCAACAAAACGACAACAGUGGAUUCAUGUUUAUCAGUGAUUGCCCAAACAUUUAUGGAUGCUUGUUCCAAAACUGAACAUCGAUUAGGAAAAGAUUCACCGUCAAAUAAAUUACUUUUCGCAAAGGAUAUUCCACAUUAUCGAGAUAUGGUCGAAAAAUUUUAUGCAUCUGUUGCGUCCUUACCUCAAAUUCCAGACCAAGAGAUCAAUACUGCCAUGCAAGAAUUGUCAGUGCAACAAGCUGACGAAUUUGAUACAAUAUCGGCAUUAAAGGAACUUUAUAUUUAUGUUGCCAAGUAUCGGGAUCAGUUAUUGGAAGCACUCGACAUGGACCUAUAUUGUCGAAAAAUGCAUUUAGCUCAUAAAUUAAUAAAUGUGGCGUGUACUUUAGAGGGGGAUGCAUUAGAUGCAGCAAUGGGUGUGCAAUUAUGCUGACAACAGACAUUUUGAACAAUCAUUUUUAUCCCCCCAAAUAUCCUAUCCCCUCUAUUUUAUGCACAAAUACUAUAAAUAUAAUAGUUAUCAUUUCACAAAAUACAUAUACACACACAAACAUGUAAUACUUAUAAAGCCCCGCCCCCACCUGCGAUCACCCUCCUUCAUACAUCAUCCAUCAUCCCUCAUUGUUUAAAACAGUAUUUUUAUGUUUGUAAGGCUUUUAUGUUUAAGUUUUUAAGUGUAUUUCGUUUUUUUUUUUAGAACACAUCGAAUCUCAAAACGUUUCUAAUUAAUUUUUUUUUUAGUACGAUAAGUUUCGCCAAUUUAUUAUUUAAUUUGUUCCUAAAAAAAAAAAGUUUGAUACUUUUGUACUCCGGGAAAAAUAUUGAACACAAAAACUGACUAAUUAUUUAUUAAGAAUCUCAAUUCUAUCGGACCGAUUUAGAAGUAGAAAAAAUAUUUCUAAGAAAUAGAAAAAAA